AUGGAUCACUUGUCGGCGACGACGAGUGAUCGUUAUCGAACACGGUUGUUCGAUUCGUCAAGGAUCCAUCACCUUGACCCCAGUGCGAAAAACUAUCGCGCUAAGAAUGAGUUCUGCAUCGAUGCUUUCUUUAAACAUCGAUGGUACAGUGGGAAUCACAAACGUGAUGGUCCCUCACUGCUUCAAGCGUGGAACGCCUACAUCCAUAACCUUGAGGAUGUAGGUCGUGACGUUUGGAACGACAAACUUAUCAAAGCUCGUGAUAAGUUUGAAAAGCGAACCCCGACAGCGCCCAAGGAGGCUAACCUCCCUAAUAGCCCGUGGUGGCGCGUACGUAUCUCUAGAGAGACGUGCGAAGGGAUUGACAACCUGAAAUCUCUUUACGACCGUGCCGGGAAGACUUUCUCCGGCGGUCCUUCUGCGGCACAGGAUGUGCCGUGUCGUACUGCUCAACCAGACCCAGUACGUCAACCAUCAGUUGGGAGCGGGGCUCCCAAGAAUCCCAGGACUAAGGAUAGCCGCGUUACCGGACGAGAUAACUCGUCCGACGUCCGUUCACGUCGCGGUGGUUCAACAGCUGCUCAACCAGAUAGCGCUGGCCACCGCGAGAGUUCUCUAAUGGAGGUGGAGGAGGAGGGAAGACGCUCUCCACACAAUCGUGGGGAAGCGUGUGUUCCCGAGAGCUUCGUUGAUCGCGUAACGCAAGGGUUACGCGGCGAUCUCGAACAUGAGCGGGACAGGCGUCUCCAACUGUCGGACACUAUCUCAAAGCAUCGAGCUGAGUUUGCCUUUGAUCAGCUUGAGAGCGAGAGAGCUCUGACGUCUCUGCGUGACGAUCUAAGGGUAGCUCGUGGGAAUGUUGAUCGGUCUCGGGCUGAGAUAACUGCUCUUCAUACCCUUGUCGAUGCCCACCAUCGGGAGCACAAGGCUCUCUGCGAGAUGCUUGAGCGCAAGGGCGUUCUUCAUCGGAAGAAGCAGCGUACUGAUGGUACGGCUUGA